AAAUUUUGGCCUUCUCUACACUUUUCAUAUUAUUCCUUCACCAAAACACAUCAAGAGAAACAAAGAGAGACACAAAAAACACAGAAGAAAGCAUAAGGCGAGUAAAUUUCAGGGUUUUCAUAAGGCUAGUAAAUUUCAGGGUUUUCACGUAUCAUUAACAUAAGGAGUAGCGUCAUGGAUUCGAAUCGUGACGAGUAUAGCACGAUUGAUUUCGAAGAGACUGAGUUACGUUUAGGGUUGCCCGGAGGCGUUGAAAAUGAUAAUGAAACGGCCAAAAAUAAUGGGAAAAGAGGGUACUCCGAUAUGGUUGAUUUGAAGCUUAAUCUUUCAACAACAGCAAAGGAAGCAUUGCUGGAUGAAGCUGAGAAGAUGAAAGAGAAGAACAACGCUUCAAAGCCCCCUACAAAGACACAAGUGGUCGGAUGGCCACCGGUCCGGUCCUUCCGGAAAAACAUCAUGACGGUUCAGAAGAACAACUCCGGCGAGGACGAGAAAGCCGGGCGUGGAAGCAGCAGCAGCAGCACGACCACCAACGCCGCACCACCGGCCGCUUUAAUUAAGGUUAGCAUGGAUGGUGCACCAUAUCUACGCAAGGUAGACUUGAAACUAUACAAGAGUUACCAAGAACUAUCAGAUGCCUUGGGAAAAAUGUUCAGCUCCUUCACUAUUGGUAACUAUGGAGGCUCACAAGAAAUGAAAGAUUUCAUGAACGAAAGCAAAUUGAUAGAUCUUUUAAAUGGUUCUGAAUAUGUUCCUACAUAUGAAGAUAAAGAUGGAGAUUGGAUGCUUGUUGGUGAUGUCCCAUGGGAGAUGUUUGUUUAUUCAUGCAAACGUUUACGAAUCAUGAAAGGAUCUGAAGCAAUUGGACUUGGUUAGUUAUUUGAUUUUACACAAUAUCAUACUCGAUUUUGAAUUGAUAAAUUUUAUAUAAAUAUGCAAAAGUUUAUCAGAUGAUUGAUUAAUUUUUCAUUGGAACUGAAGCACCAAGAGCAGUGGAGAAGUGCAAGAACAGAAG